AUGUCUCAGCAAAUCGACGGCCAGACAGACUCAAUGCUGCAGCGCAAUGUCGGCGAUGCUGCAGAGUCCUCUGCCCCGCAGCUGGGCCAGCAGGGCGCAUUGCCUCCACGAACUACGUCACGCUCGACCAGUAACCGGAUCGUCACCGACGAUCUCACAGGAAGACCGCGCUCCCCGAUCACCGCGUCCACCAACAUCUUUUCUCCCACCUCAGAGGUCGGCUCGUUGAGUCCUGGAGCUGAUGACCGAGUCUUUCCCAUUCGGAGCGUCGUCUCAAUGGAUCCCACACCGACCCCCACAAACCGCAAUAGUCAGGAAGGAUACUUCCAAAGUCUGGCUCGCGCAAGCGAGGCGCGACGCUAUUCCGUGACCAGCGGCUCUACCAAGUCAUCGGAAUCCCGCACGUCGUCGAGACAACGACCCAUAGAUCUCCUCCCAGGGGCGCUCGACGCCGCCAGCAAAAGGGGCCCGGUUGGGGAAAGACUCGAUAAAAGACCGCCACAACAAAUCUUCAGCGACAUCAUGUCCACGACGAGCGAAAUGCAAUCGAGCGACAAAGUUUCCUCUUCGGCCCCCAGCAUAUCUGGACAGAGCACCAACGAAAGCCUGGGGGAUACCCCGUUGAUGACUGCCCGCUUCAAACACGUCAUUUCCGACGGCGGCCAUGCCAUCAUCACGGGCCGAGACGGAGACGUCUUACAAAGAUGCGAGGACGAGCCGAUACACAUACCUGGCGCCGUCCAAGGCUUCGGUCUACUGAUCGCCAUGGAGGAGGAAUCAGAUGGGAAGCUGAUAGUUCGAGUUGUCAGCGAGAACUCCACAAAGAUAAUAGGAUAUACGCCAAAAUACCUCUUCGCCCUUGAGAACUUUUGCGAUAUUCUCUCCGAGGAGCAAGCGGAUAACCUACUCGACCAUGUCGAUUUUAUUCGCGAUGAGGACGCAGACGUUGCGACUAAUGGGCCGGAAGUUUUCACGCUGUCCAUUCGAGGACCAGACAAGAGGUCCCGAAAGUUCUGGUGUGCAAUGCACGUCAGCCCUGCGCAUCCACAGCUGGUCAUCUGCGAAUUCGAGUUGGAAGACGAUCCUGUGAACCCGCUAGUCCCAUCCAGCGAGCUUGCCCCGGAAGCGCCUGAAGAUACUCUGCAGAGCAACCCUACGGCCGAGGAAUUUGCAGAAAGCACGCAAAACAUCAGUCGGCCUCUGCGAGUACUUAGAAGCGCCCGGAAACGGAAGGGAGAAGCGGCCGCCAUGGAAGUGUUCAACAUCAUGUCUCAGGUACAGGAACAGCUGGCGGCCGCGCCAAACCUGGACACUUUUCUGAAGGUCUUGGUUGGAGUAGUGAAGGAAUUGACGGGCUUUCACCGCGUCAUGAUCUACCAAUUUGAUGCUGCCUGGAACGGACGCGUCGUAACAGAAUUGGUAGAUCCCCGCGCAACAAAAGACUUCUACAAGGGCCUAAAUUUCCCUGCAUCGGACAUUCCGAAACAGGCUCGGGAUUUGUAUAAGCUGAACCGGGUGCGGAUGCUGUACGAUCGAGACCAGGUAACAGCCCGAUUGGUAUGCCGAACAGUCGAGGAUCUCGAAACGCCACUGGACCUUUCGUAUGCGUACCUGCGAGCCAUGUCCCCCAUCCAUCUCAAAUACCUUGGAAAUAUGGCUGUCCGUUCAUCCAUGUCUAUCUCUAUCAACGCCUUCGACGAGUUGUGGGGAUUGAUCGCCUGUCAUUCAUACGGUCCCAAAGGGAUGCGAGUCAGCUUUCCGAUACGGAAGAUGUGCCGUCUGGUAGGAGAUUCGGCUUCGAGGAACAUUGAACGUCUCUCUUACGCGUCGAGAUUGCAAGCCAGAAAACUCAUCAACACCGUUCCCACACAGCACAAUCCCUCUGGCUACAUCAUUGCUUCGUCGGACGACCUUCUUAAGCUCUUCGACGCGGAUUUCGGCCUUCUCUCCAUCAGAGACGAAACUAAAAUCUUGGGCCGGAUGGACCAAACCCAAGAAGCGCUGGCCAUGCUCGAAUAUCUUCGCAUGCGAAAGCUGUCCUCCGUAACGACGUCCCAGGAUGUGGCGGCUGAUUUCCCGGACUUGCGCUAUCCGCCUGGAUUUCAAACUAUUGCUGGUAUGCUUGUCGUGCCUCUCUCGACGAGCGGCACGGAUUUCAUUGUGUUCUUCAGAAGGGGUCAGCUGAAGGAAGUCAAGUGGGCAGGAAAUCCGUACGAGAAGUUCAUCAAGGAAGGUACUGAAGGGUAUUUGGAGCCUAGAAAGAGUUUCAAGACUUGGAGUGAGACGGUCGUUGGUAAGUGUCGUGAGUGGUCUGAUGAGGAGAUCGAGACUGCCGCCGUUCUCUGUCUGGUCUACGGAAAAUUCAUCGAAGUUUGGCGCCAAAAGGAAGCAGCGCUACAGAGCAGUCAGCUCACCAGGCUUCUGCUUGCCAAUUCUGCACAUGAAGUCCGCACACCGCUCAAUGCCAUCAUCAAUUACCUGGAGAUUGCUCUGGAAGGCACAUUAGAUAGCGAGACUCGAGAGAAUCUCGCAAAGUCGCAUUCGGCGUCCAAGUCCCUGAUAUACGUCAUCAACGACCUGCUGGACUUGACCAAGACCGAAGAAGGCGGCGCUUUAAUCAAGGGAGAAGUGUUCGACCUGAAAAACACUUUCAAGGAGGCCACGGACGCUUUCACGGGCGACGCCAAGCGCAAGAGGAUCUCCUACGAAGUCGUUGAGCAUCCCGGUGUGCCCCAGAGGGUCAUAGGCGACCAGCGCCGGGUUCGUCAGGCGAUAUCCAACGUCACGGCCAAUGCGAUCCAGAACACGAGUCAAGGCGGAGUCAAAGUGGAGAUGUACGUUUCCGACUGGGAUGACAACCGUGUCAAUGUCGAAAUUGUCGUCGUGGAUACGGGCACCGGGAUGAGCAGCAAAAAGCUCGACGCUCUGUUCCGCGAUCUCGAGCAGGUGCAGACCGAGACCACGGAAAUGCUGGAAGAAAGUCUCGCCCCCAAUUCUACAAGAAUGGAGGAUGAAUCCGGGGGUGAGAAGCGCACACUGGGUCUUGGGCUCGCUGUUGUAUCGCGAGUUGUGAGAAACAUGAACGGCCAGCUGCGGUUGAGAUCGGAGGAAGGUAAAGGAUCGCGAUUCAUCGUGCAACUCCCCUUCGAUCUACCGGACGACAGUGACAAGAGCCUGAUGGGCACAUCGUCAACACCGCAGGCGGAGGGUCUUUCUGGUUCCAGCCAUGAGGUAACCCUGGUGGAGAAGGGCGACUCGCAGGGCAAGGAAGCGCCGGGUCAUUUAACCCGUCGAGACAGUGCUGAAAGUGUGGCCAGCAGAAAGAGUCGCAAGAGUCUUAACAGUCUCUCGAGUGCCAACAGCGCCAAGAGCGACGUGGACAGAUUGAUCGAAGCUAUUCAGGAACCUCACAUGGUAGAAGGGAGACCUCAAAGUAGUUCAGGCCCCCAGCAGCGGAGAACAUCAUCGCAAACCGGCAGGCCAUCUCUCGAAAAGCGGUCCACACAUUCAGGCAGCUCAACAACCCCUCCAGACCAGCCACGCUCGCGACAGGCAGAAAUUGAAGUAAAGCGUCGUAGUCAGCCAAUCACGCUUACUGUCACCACGCCUGGUCAAGCCGAUGUGCCCGGGUCGGGAUUUCCUAUCAGGCCAGUUCGAGUUGCGGAUGACGACACGCCGAUCAAGGAGAAAGACUCAGAAAGCAUCAAGUCCGGCAUCAUCGGCGAGAUUGACGAACGGAGACCGACCAUUGAGGAACCUCUGACUGCCGACCACAUGCGCGUUCUAGUCGCUGAGGAUGAUCCUGUCAACAGCAGAAUCAUCAAGAAGCGAUUGGAGAAGCUCGGUCAUAAUAUUGUCCUCACUGUCAACGGCGAAGAAUGCGCAACCAUCCACGGCGAGCAACCUGAAAAGUUUGACGUCGUGUUGAUGGACAUGCAGAUGCCGAUUGUCGAUGGGCUCACUUCGACCAAGAUGAUCCGCUCAUUUGAGAAGACACACCCUGAGGACUCCCUCUCUCGCCGGGCUAAACUAAAUGGCCGGAUACCCAUUAUAGCUGUGUCUGCGUCUCUAGAGGAAAGCGGGCGACAAACCUAUAUUGACGCCGGUUUUGAUGCAUGGAUCCUAAAGCCGAUCUCAUUCCCUCGUCUUCAGGAACUCAUAACCGGAAUCGUUGAUCGCGGGGUUCGUGAAGAAGCACUUUACAAGCCUGUCCGGAUGCCGGAGAUUCGGGUAGCCGCCAGACAGAAGAUCAGUCUCGUCUCCGAGUGA